GUACAUUCUGUGUUCGCAUCUGGGAAGCUUCGUGGCUGCAGCUGUCCUUUAAUUGGCCAGUCGAAUAAUAUAACGGUAACCCAGUGCCCCCUGCAAUGGCUUAGGUCUAGCUCCGAUCGUUAUCAUUACCACGUUGGCGGCGAUAUUAUGUAGACCUGUCUUUUAUAAGAAGUUGUCAAUUUAACUGCUUCAUUCUGGAAGCAAUGGGUAGAGAUAACACAAGGACCCUUUUGUAUAAUCGCUGCAACUCAGCUACCAAGAGCCCGCGCCCUGCCGUCGGAGCAGUCCAGAAAUUAUUCUAUUGAGUGGUCUUAUUUUCCGUGGGAUGCUUGUCGUUCACAGCUGGUCGGAAUUCUCGGGGUAUGCGGAAGAGGAAGAAUAUGGGCGCAAACCAUUCCCAUAAAACACCAGUCUUUGACGAAAACGAAGAUGUUAACUUUGACCAUUUUCUGAUCCUUCGAGCAAUUGGGAAAGGAAGCUUUGGAAAGGUAUGCAUUGUCCAGAAGAGAGAUACGAAGAAAAUGUACGCUAUGAAAUACAUGAACAAACAAAAAUGCAUUGAACGUGAUGAAGUUCGCAAUGUUUUCAGAGAAUUGCAGAUAAUGCAGAGACUUGAACACCCUUUCCUUGUGAACCUGUGGUACUCAUUUCAAGAUGAGGAAGAUAUGUUUAUGGUGGUAGAUCUGCUGCUAGGUGGAGAUUUACGAUAUCAUUUACAGCAAAAUGUACACUUCAAGGAAGAAGCAGUGAAGCUCUAUGUGUGUGAACUGGCAUUAGCUCUGGAUUACCUACAAAGCUACCACAUCAUCCACAGGGAUAUCAAACCUGACAACAUUCUUCUUGAUGAGCAUGGGCAUGUUCACAUAACUGAUUUCAACAUAGCAACAGUGGUGAAGGAUUCUGAGAAAGCCACAUCAAUGGCUGGGACAAAGCCUUACAUGGCUCCUGAACUUUUUCAGUCUUUUCUGGAAGGAGGCCCUGGCUACUCGUAUCCUGUGGACUGGUGGUCCUUGGGAAUAACAUCUUAUGAACUAUUGCGGGGCUGGAGACCAUACGAUAUUCACUCCAACACUCCAGUGGAAGAAAUAUUCCACAUGAUCACCAGAGAGAAAAUCCACUGCUCCUCCUCAUGGUCCAAAGGACUGGUGGCAUUAGUAAAAAAGCUUCUCAUGAAAGAGCCUGAGUAUCGCCUGUCAAGUCUCAAGGACAUUCAGAAUUCUCCGUACUUGGCUGAUGUGAAUUGGGAUGCUGUUCUGGAGAAGAAUCUCACUCCUGGUUUUAUUCCUAAUAAAAGAAGGUUGAAUUGUGAUCCAACCUUUGAACUAGAAGAAAUGAUAUUGGAGUCCAAACCUCUUCACAAGAAAAAGAAAAGACUGGCUAAAAAUAAAUCUAAGGAUCUCAGUAAAGAAUCUUCUCCACUGAACGGACAUCUUCAACAGUGCCUGGAAACAGUCCACAAUGAUUUCAUCAUAUUCAACAGGGAGAAAUUACGAAAAUCACUGGCAGAAGUUGAGCAGCCAUCCAGCAAAGAAAAUGGAAUUUGCAGUCAGGCACAUGAAAAGUCACAAGAUAGUCACAACAAUAAUAUGCCUGGAUCUGUCUGCACAACUAUUCCAAGCUAAUCCCCCAGAGUUAGUUUGAGCUUGCCAAGAACCCUAAAGACUAUCUGUAUUAUGGUGUGCAUUAUUUUGUGCAUGCCUUGUGGGUUAAAUAUUUCUCUCUGCAUGGGAAAGCAGCUUGGAUGAAACAGUCAAUAAAAGAUUGAAGUUAAUUUUCUACUCUUGUGAUAGACUAGAAAGACUGAAAGUAUCAGUAGGACAACAGCCUUAUUUCGGACAGUAAUAACAUCGAUAUAUCUUUAAGCUGUCCUGAAGUCAAUUUAUCGUAUUCAUUCUUCUAAAGCUUGUAAGAUCUUUUAAGUGCAGACAUCCCACCUAAGCCUUUGAGAAUAGCAAAAUUUAAUGGCUUCAUGUUGACUUUAAAGUAUGCAUAGCAUUGAACUAUGACCACAGAAAGUUCCAGUGUGCAAACACCCUGAUAUUUUAACUAUCUUAUAUCUUUGGUCUGAUGGAAAUACUUUUUAGACACUUGGAUUAAAUAUACAUAGUUACAAAGUUAUUCAAUGUUUCAAUGGGAAUUUUCUUUUUGUGUGAUCAUAAAAUGUUGUGUUAAUAAAAUGUUGAACAUCGAGCUAAUAUUGACCAAGUACCAUAUUCUGUGGCUCGUGAAAAAACAUGCAUCUUCAGAUGACUGCUGGUAAUGAUUACUACAAGAGUAGGUUCCGUUGUAAUGUAAAUUUCAUUGUCAGUAUUAAUAUCCUAGUUAUUAUUUAGUGUUUCUGUUUUUAAAUUAAUUAACAACUCAACCACCAUUUUCAAUUGUUUGCUUUUGUACAAAUUGAGAAGACAGUAAAUACAAUGGUAAUGCUAGGAUUUUUGAUGAAUAUUCACAUUGGAUAUUGACUAUUCUUUGUCAUUUAACUAACCUGUUGUCAGAAAGCAUCAUCAAUAAGAAUAGCAUUUAUACUGUAAAUGAAUAAAUCAAGUUAAUGCCAGGGUAAUUUAUUACUCAGUUCUUUUUGCUCGCUUUGCUAUUACUUUGAAGCUUAUAACUGUCAAAUGGAAGGUUUGCUGUGCCCACUCGAUCUCCUGAAGUUCACCUUGACUUUUGCCAUUCAUUCAGAAAGAGAUACCACCUAGCACAGUGCUGUCAAAGCUCAAUACAUUAUAGAUGCAACAUGAAAGAUUUAUAUUAAGAUGCAAGUCUGAAUAGUGCGAAGAUCCUACAUAUUAGUAUUGUUAGCAUAUUGCAUGAACAAAAUGGAAUGGUGAAUCAAAGUCUGACCAGUUAUUUAACAUCAGCAUUGAUAAUGUUAGAAGAGUUAGAACGAAAUGUUAUGAAAGUUCUAUUGUUAGUUCAAAAGUGACAAUGGUAUUAAAUCAUGUUUGAAUAACGUUUAAGUUUUUGAUACCUGCUCUAUUUAGAAUACAUUCUGUAAUCCAAAAUGCUAGAGGAACUCAGCAGGUCAGGCAGCAUCUAUGGAAACGAAUAAACAGUCAGCGUUUUGGGCUGAGAACUUCUUCAGGACUGGAAAGGAACGGGAAGACACCAGAAUAAAAAAAGUGGGAGGAAGGGAAGGAGGAUAGUGGAAGGUGAUAGGGAAAACCAGUGGGUAGGAAAGGUAAAGGGCUGGAGAGGAGGAAAUCUGAUAGGAGGGUGGACCAUAGGAGAACGAAAAGGAGGGAACCCUGGAGGAGGUGACAGGCAGGUGAGAAGAGGUAAGAGGCCACAGUGGGAAUAGAAGAAGAGGGGAGGGGGAGGGAAGUAUUUUUGCCAGAAUGAAAAAUCAGUAUUCAAGCCGUCAAGUUGGAGGCUACCCAGAUGGAAUAUAAAAUGUUGCACCUCGACUCUGAGGAUAGUUUCAUCGUAGCACCAGAGGAGGCCAUGGACCGACAUGUCAGAACAGGAAUGGGAAUCAGAAUUAAAACGUUUGGCCACUGGGAGGUUCUGCUUUUGGCAAAUGCAAUGGAGGUGCUCGACGAAGUGGUUCACCAAUUUAGGGCAGGUCUCACCAAUGUAGAGGAGGCUGCACUGAGAGCAACGGACAAAAUAGUCAGCCCUAGGCGAAGAGUUGCCUCACCUGGAAGGACUGUUUGGGGCCCUGAAUGGAUGGUAGUGGUUAGAACAAUGCUUUAUAGUACAGGUAUUGCAAGUUCAAUUCCCACUACUGCCUGUAAAGAGAUUGCACGUUCUCCCCAUGAAUGCAUAGGUUUCCUCCAGGUGCUCCAGUUUCCUCCCACAGUCCAAAGAUGUACCAGUUGAUAGGUCAUUGUAAAUAGUUCCAUGAUUAGUCUAACAUUAAAAACUGAUUGGGGAAUUGCUGGGCAUAGCUCAAAGGGCCAGAAGGGCUUACUCUGUGCUGUAUCUCAAUGACAAAUAAAUAAAAACAAAGUCCAACAGAAGAUCUCAUCAAUUCAAUUUGCAGUACUGUAAUUAUACAGUGAUCAAUGUUUACCUCAAUUUGUCCCUUAGACAUUAAAACCACUUCCCAAAUGCAACUGUAUAAUAAAUCAAGCUGAGUUAUAAUGAAUACACAAUACUUUGUCUCAAUUAUCUUGCCAGAAGGCAUCUAUGUAUUUAAUUGAGAUCAAACAAUAAAAGAAACAUUUGAGACAAAACUAUGCUGAGUAAAUUAAUCAAACCUGGAAAACUUAAACCUCUGCUCUA